AUAUUGUAAAUGUUGAUAAAUGUGAAGUGUCAUUUAAAUACUUAUUUAUUAUUCUUAUUUUAUUUAAACUGUUUGUUUGACUUUAGUAACAGUUUUUGAUCUUAAACUAAAAUAACUUAUGUUUACAGUUCCUAAAAAUUAUAUUACCAAUAUUGAGGUUGAAAUACUGGUUUUAUUUAACCAUCGCUUUUUUGUCGAAGGAACUAUGGGUCCAAAAAAUAGUGGCUGUGUGUUUCAGGAUGCAGUGAAACACUAUUUGGCUGAAAACUUCACUUUGCAUGGCGAAAUACAUACACACUGUAAAAAUGGACAUGUCAUCUACUUAUUCACUAAUAAUGGUGAGUCAAUUGGUAAUACUCUUAAACUAGUCAAUGACUUAUUUAACUUAAAAACUAGUAAGCAUAAACUCUAUAAUGUUAUUAAUAUUUCAAAAAAAUGGACUACCAAUUAUGUAAGAGAUUGUUCAAAAUUUAUUGAAUUUUGUAAUCAGCCCUUUGCAUACCAUGCACCAAGCGUGUCAUUGAAACAGGCAAUGCAUCUUAAUAAGAGUCAUUCAUUGGUUACAGUUUCAGAGACUUCUGUUCUUUUGCCCCAAGAACAUAUUGCUAUUUUACCCCUAGUUAAUGACGAACCAAUCUUGCCUGUAAAAUCUAUAAAAAAUGAAACAGGAAAGCAUGCAUCUAGAGAAGAACUAACCCCAAAGAAAGCCAAACUUAUUACUAGGUUAUCAUUUUUAUCUUCUCAGUUAGCUAGCUCAACCAGAGACCACAGACAAAAAAUAGCAAAACUUAAAUCAAAAUAUAAUAGCAUGCCAUAUAAGUUAAAAGUAUUCAGGCAAAACAUCAAAAGGAAAGAAGACAUUAUUAAAGCUUUGAGGGCGGAAGUUAGAGAACUAAAAAAAGAAAUUAAAACAUAUUAUUACAAGAGCUUAAUUCACAAACUUAAAGCGAAAACAAAGGCAUUAAAAGUAAAAGAAAAACAAAACUUAAUGCAAAUAAAAGUAAAAAAUAAUACUAAUAUUAGCGCAAAUAAAAUGUUUAUUGCUCAAUUAGAAAAUGAUAUAAGUCAGAUAAAAGAGGGGAAAAUUCCAAAUGUGAAUAUGUCAGAUGGUGAUAAGACUUACCCUUUACAAAUGAGGAUGAUAAUCUAUGGCAUGUUAUUAGCUAAUGUUCCAACUGGUAACAUAGGAUUCCUAAUUUCAAAAAUUGGGCAAUAUUUGGGUGUUAACUUUACAGAUAUUCCUCAUCGUUGUACUAUUGAGCAAAUGGCUCGUGAGCUUGGCAGUAUAGCAGAAUUGCAAGCAGCAGAAUGGGCUAUGAGUAAUUCUCAUCUUACUCUUGGAUUUGAUGCAACAACUCAAGAAGGUGUUCAUAUUAACACUGUUCAUCUUACAUCUAAAAACAACUGUCAGGUCAUUGCUCUGGACCAGUUACCAGGUGGAACAGCUGUUGAUUAUGAAAGCCAUAUAUGUGGUGCAAUUGAUCAUUUAGCUUUUAUAUAUUCAGAUUUUCACUUGCUUCCCUUUAAUGAAUGUCGUAGUUCAAUCAUAUCAAAUAUAUCCAACACAAUGUCUGACAGAGUAUCAGUUAACCAUCUUACUAUUUCCAAAAUUUGUAAUACCUGGGGAAAGAAUUUGAAUGAGUUAAACUGUCAUUUGCACCCUCUAGACACAAUUGCCAUUUCAUGUUGCGAAGUCUUAAAAUCUCUAGAAAUUGAACGUUGUGAAUUGUUUGGGUAUGAUUGUAUGGCAGUCAAAAUUGUGUUAGCAAUGAACAAGAUGAGAUUUAAAGAUGGCAAAGGUGAUCCACAAGGUUUUGUAAAUUUUUUAGACAAUAACAAACUCCCUCGAGGUAUUAUUCCACGGUAUCGUGGAAACCGUUUGCACAUUCUUUUCCAUACUUGUUUCAUUUUUAUGAAACACUAUACUAAUUUUCUACAUUAUCUUACCACUGGAACUGUAAAAUGUUUCAGUUUACAACCAAUUCUGCGAGAAGCCUUUUGUAACGCAACUGCUAUAAAACAAAUGGGAGUGCUUGCGCUGUUUAGUAAACUUCUCAGUGGGCCAUGGAUGACUAAGUUUUAUGUAUCUGCAAAUAAUGCAAGUUUUGAUCAUGUCACUGGUAUCCAGGUAGUAAAAAAUGUUUUGAAAGAAAUUACUAAUUGCAAAUCUAAUUCAGCUGCACUAUUUUGCAGCAAGAUGGAUUUUUUCGGAACCAUGCUUGAACCAAGUAUUUUAAAAUCUAUUACAAAUUUAUGCCCUAUCGUUGACCAACUUGUUGAAAUGACUUCUGCUUGUCUUAAUGCAGUUGAAGAAGUCUUGACUCGUCAAUAUAAGAGAUAUUUCUCCCUUUCCAUUACAGAGGCACUCAAGACGGAGACAGCUAGUGCAAGGCUUCACAAUAUAGAUAGCGAAGAGUUAAUUGGUAUGUUAAGUGAUGCCAAAGGACGAUGUCCUAAUGCAACAAUUUGUUAUAUAUCUAGCAAAUUAAGAUCCAAAAAGAAUAGGACUAUAGAUUAUCUCGAUAAUCUUGACGUUGUUUCCAGAGAAAAGGUAGUUAAGUGGUCUAUUUACAUGGCACGUAAAAAAAGAAUGAGAACUCGACUACUACAUAAUGAAAUUCGAGUAGAGAUUACUGGUAGACAGGUGUUUAAACGCCAAAAAAUGGACGAAAAACAAAAAAAAAAAGUUAGAGCGUGAGCUAUGUAAAUUAACUACCAGCGAAAUUAUGAAUUUAUAUAAAAACUUAUCUGUCAAGCAACUUGAUGAUUUAGAUGAUGUUAUGUGUGAAAGAAUAGUUGGAAGAAAACUCUGUCAUGAAUGGUAUGUUGCCACCUAUUCAAAGACAGUUAUUUAUGAUGGGAGAGUAGAAAAAGUAA